GUUUCUUCUACAUUCAAGAUCUUCACUGGCAGCAUUUCUCCGGCAAGUGCUCGUUCGGAGUGGUACGUAUGCCUUGCUGCAAUGUGGCGUGCGCAGGGAUAUCGUUUGCCUCGAGGAACCUUCGAGGCACUAAAUUGCAGCUGCGACCAGGAAUUUGCACUGGAGGUGGGAGGUGAACCACAGCAGUUUCAGCGGCUUUUGUUUGACAAGCUGCCGUGCACUGGCUUCUUCUCGUCUCCCAUCAUCCUUUUCUACGCCUGGCCUUCGCCUGACGCCUGACGCCUCGAAUAAAGAGCCGAAAAAAACCACGAGGAAGGCCCUGCCGCUUCGCUCAGCCGGCGUCUGCGCGAAGGAGGCUGCAAUUUUGCUCCAGGGUGGCGUCAGCAUCACUCGAUGUGAUUCUCAUGCGCCCCAAGGUGGAAAGUCAGCACAGCUGGCUUAAGCUGCAUGGAAGCUCGCAGAAGUCGUCACACUCCGAGUGAUGCGACGCAGUCUGCUCGGCCGCUGCAAUGCUCCAACCGAGUCGUGCUCCAAGGGUGUGGCCUGACGCCUGACGCCUCGAAUAGAGAGCCGAAAAGAAAGGAACGCCUGGGCCUCUGGCGCCUCACGGGACGCGACUGUGCACCGAUCUCCCCGAAAGAAACAGUCUGUGGGGAAUCUCGACUGGGCUGGGCAGCGCGUGUGUUGGUGCGUGUGGCGUGUGGGACAAACGGGCCAUGCGCCGAGCGAAGAGCUGUAGCUUUUUCCUCAAGGAAGUCGCUGUAGCUAUGCAAAAGCGAA